CCUCGACUUCGUGAUCCCUUAUAGAAUGUUAUCGGUUUUUCUUCUUUCUCUGGUCUGCUAACACGAUGCCAACAUUAACUUCCACGAGGCACACAUCACAUUACUCGACUGGGUCACUUCCAAUCUCAUUCGCGGACAGCCGGCCCGGCAUCGACCCAUCCUUUUAAAUAUCGUCAUGCUCUAAGCUAAUUUGGGGUUACGGUCUUUCCGCAUUUCCAUCGACGAUGCAGACGUUCACUCUUGAACAAGUCGCCCAGCAUACCACCACCGGCUCCUGCUGGGUCAUCAUCCAAAACAAAGUUUAUAAUGUGACCGACUUCCUCUUCGAUCACCCCGGAGGGCCGAAUGUCAUCCUCAGAUAUGGAGGAAAGGAUGCUACUGCUGCAUACAUACCUAUCCAUCCAUCGGACGCUUUGGACAAAAACCUUGCUCCGGAAAGGCAUCUUGGUACUCUAGACGACGAGUCAAUAAAUCGACUAAAGGAAUCAGUGAAUAACAAAGUUCAAACCAAAGACGAGUUGCGCGUUGAAGAAGCACUCAAGAACAAGCCACCACUUCAGAGAGUAGUCAAUGUCGAGGACAUGGAAGAGGUUGCGAAGAAAAUCCUGUCGUACAGGGCCGUGGCUUACUAUUCUUCAGCUGGUGACGAUUCUAUCACGCACGUGGAGAAUGGUCGUGCCUUUGGUCGCUUCUUUUUUCACCCUCGGGUUAUGAAACCUGUGUCCCAAUGUGACACCUCGACGACUAUACUCGGUUAUAAGAGCACGAUACCCGUGUACAUCAGCGGUGCAGCGCUAGCCCGACUAGGCCACCCAUUAGGCGAGGCCAAUCUUACACGCGGUGCCUAUAAGACCGGCAUUAUACAAAUGGUGUCCACCAACUCUUCUCUCUCUUACGCAGAGAUAGCCGCUGCACGUGUUUCCCCAGAUCAGCCUCUCUUCUUCCAAUUAUAUAAACACGUUAACGAUGCCACUGCCGAGAAACGCGUAAGAGAUAUUGAAGGAUUAGGCUAUAAGGCAAUUUUCUUGACAGUCGAUGCCCUGGUUCCUGGUAACCGCGAGUUGGACAUCAGAGUACCACAUUAUCUCGAGGACUUGGAGAACCAAGGUCUCCCCACUCAGAGAAAGUCGGAUGAGGACGAAGGCGAGACUGACCGACUUGGUACCGCUGGCGGACUUGUCAUACAUAACGAUGCUGACAUGACAUGGGAAAAGACAAUACCAUGGAUGCGAAGCAUUACGAAAUUACCCAUCGUCAUUAAAGGUAUUCAGUGUGUUCAGGAUGCCGUUCUGGCUUGUGAAGCUGGUUGUGAAGGUAUUGUGCUAUCGAAUCACGGAGGUCGUCAAUUGGAGUACUCUCUACCACCAAUCGAGUUGUUGUACAGGAUACGACAACAGCGCCCUGACGUAUUUGAGAAGACUGAAGUGUACAUUGACGGAGGAAUCCGCCGUGGAACCGAUGUCGUUAAAGCACUAUGUUUGGGUGCCAGAGCUGUCGGUUUGGGACGCGCGUUCCUCUACGCCCAGAGUGCAUACGGCGAGGCUGGUGUAGUUCACGUGGCGCGUAUCCUUGAACGCGAAAUCCGCUUUGGGAUGCAGUCGCUCGGUGCCCGAAGCAUCAGUGAACUCGUGCCGCAGAUGGUUGAACGUGUUGACUGGCAGCCAGUCACCCGUGCGAAGCUGUAGAUUGCAGUCCUGAGCUACAACAUAUAUGCACACGCCUAUCGUGUACUUAUAUACCUUGCAUAUAUGUGGAAUCUCCGUCUUCUAGACAUUCACCGAUUGGACACAACAUCGUCGCUAACUUCUAAGUAAUACUACCAACAAAAGCUGC